AUAAAACGAAUCUUAUAAAACGUGGUGGUGAUGAGUCGCCGUGCAAGUGUGAUGGCAAAGAUAAAAGGGGUCUUAUAAAACGUGGUGGUCAAGAGGAUGAUUGUUGUAAGCCCCCUCCGCCGCCCUGUUGCACUGUCACCGUUUGCAAGACUAAAGUGGUCACUGUUGAUGAUUGCUGCGUGACAGUCUGCAAAACUAAAUCUAUCCCAUGCUUUGUAACAUCGAAAGUUACUACUUGCUGCGAAACAAAACCGACAGGUGGUCAUGAAGAUGGUCAUCCUCCUAAAGAUGAUAAACCUGCUGGAGAUCCACCUGCUGAUCCCCCUGCUACCCCUGCUCCAACUACUCCCCCUGCUCCAACAAAAACUUAA